CAGGCCCGGAUCCGCAGCCCAACCCCCGGCUCGCGGGGUCUUGCAUCCCUAGCCCGGGAUCGCGUCCCCCACACCUCACCGCCCCCCUUCCACCCCGGCCGGGUCGGCACCCCCGCCCCCGGCCGCGCCCCCUCCCGCGUCCCCGCCCCGCCGCGCUCCCGCCCCGGGGCCGCGCUCGGGAGGCGAGACCGGCCUGCCCGGCGGGCGGCGGGGGCGCCAUGGGCAGCGGCAGCAGCCGGAGCGGCCGGGCCCUGCGGCGGCUCCGCAGCCCCGACAGCCGGCCGGCGGGGUCCGGCGGGGCAGCCUCGGAGGGCGGGACGCGGCCUCUGGUCUCGGCGGCGGCGGCGGCGGCGGCGGCGGCCGCCUGGGAUGAGGCCGGGAAGGCGGAGGCGGCUGAGGGGGCGGCGGAGCCCGACCCCGGCCCCGCGGCGCCCCCCGACGGCGGGGACGAGACCCUGCGCCUGCUGGACCAGCUGCUGGCCGAGUCGGCGGCCUGGGGCCCGGGGGAGCUGGCCCCGCGGGGCCCGGCGCGGCCCCCACCCGCAGCCGGCGCCGGGAGCCCGCAGAGGAGGACCUGGAUAAGGCUUGUGUUCCCACCAGCCCAGGACUUCGGCGUAGCCCAGGUUCACAGCUACCGUGGGAGGUGAAGGGGAAGACAGCAAUCAAAUGAUUACGUGGCUGGAAAGCAGAUCACCAGAGAGACUUGAACGUGAUGGAUGAUGUGAUGGACUUUUGGCAAAGAAAAUAAAGCCACUGUUUUGAAGAG